CCAAUCCGGUGGCGCCAGGGUCCCCUGCGAACGUGCGGUGCGUCAUGCGCCCCGUGAGCCGGUUCUGCCGCUACCGCGUGCGCCAUGGAGGAGUACGUGCGCGAUCCCUGUCCCUGGCGGAUUGUAGAUGACUGUGGUGGUGCCUUUACAAUGGGAGCCAUAGGUGGUGGCAUCUUCCAAGCUAUUAAAGGGUUCAGAAAUUCUCCAGUGGGUGUAAACCACCGGCUGCGGGGAAGCUUGACAGCUAUUAAAACCAGAGCGCCUCAACUGGGAGGGAGCUUUGCAGUCUGGGGUGGUCUCUUCUCCAUGAUUGACUGCAGUAUGGUGCAGGUGAGGGGUAAAGAAGAUCCAUGGAACUCUAUCACAAGUGGUGCCUUAACUGGAGCCAUAUUAGCUUCAAGAAAUGGACCAGUUGCCAUGGUUGGGUCUGCUGCAAUGGGAGGAAUUCUUCUAGCUUUAAUUGAAGGAGCUGGUAUCCUAUUGACAAGAUUUGCAUCCACACAAUUUCCAAAUGGCCCUCAGUUUUCAGAUGAUGCUUCCCAAUUAUCACCUUCCCCAUUUGGUGACUACAGGCAAUAUCAGUGAUUACCAUUACUCUGUUUCAUGUUAUACACUCGAGCUAUAAUUAUAAAUACUGGAAGAUCAAGAUACAAUUUAACACCUUCAAUUGGAAAUAUGUGGCAGAUCUCUUUGUACAAACCAUGGCAAGAGGACACUUGGCACUUUUUCACUGUAAAGAUGAACAGAGAAGCUUUAGAAGAUCAUAAAUGUAUUUAUUCAUAUAAGUUCAUUGUUAUAAUGCUGAUACAUUGGUGAUACGAGACAUCAAGGUUUAAGACAAGAACCAAGCCGAAUACUAUAAUGCUUUGGAUAAGGAACUAGAUGAAUUUAGCUGUGGUCUUUUCUGAAAUGUGGUAUUAACCAUUACUGUAGUCAUCAACAAUAAAAACAUCUGACAUUUAA